AUGGCUUUCUACCGAGAUAGUAUUAUUGCCGCCCUCGUCACCUUGUUCCUCCUCGAUGGCGCCGCAGUGGCUGCCCGCCUCUAUACUCGUACCAAGCUCGUCGCUAGAGGAUUCGGGUGGGACGAUGCGGCGUUGUGCCUGACCUAUUUGGGCUUUGUGCUCGUCUGCAUUACGUGCUGGACAUCGAUGAGCUAUGGUUUUGCUGCCGAAGAUGAGCAACCAUACUAUAACAAGAAGAAAGCAACAGAGUUCUACUUUGCUACUCAGCUUUGCUGCUACAUCUCGUCCGGACUCGUCAAACUUGCCGUUGCCCUAGUACUUGUCCGCCUGGCCAACACGAAGGUCUUACGGUGGUCGCUCUAUAUCUCCAUGGUCAUUUGCGGAAUAUGGACAGUAGUCAUGACGCUGUUCACAUCAUGGUUGUGUGCUUCAGGCGGCACCAGCAACUACGCAGGAUCACAGACGUGUGGUGUUGUCGGACAGUUUCGCACGAUUUCAAACAUCUUCAUCGACUAUUUCUAUGCGCUUCUGCCCGUCUGGAUGCUCUGGAAAGUCCAGAUGAGUCUUCGACUCAAGCUUACGGCCAUGUUUCUUUUGAGCCUUGGAAUAUUUGCCAGUUCAGCAACAAUCGUCAAGCUCGUCAUCAUUACCAGACUCCGCACUGCAAAAGGCGUCGAGGAGAAGAACUUGCACUACCAGCUCCUCCUCUGGGCGGUUAUCGAACUUGGUCUCGCUAUAUUUGCCGCCUCAGCUGCAGCAUUACGACCUCUGCUCAAGCGCUACUCCAAAUUCUGGGGCUCGUCGCAUGGCCAUAGCCACGACAAGAGCCAUGGCAGCAAUCAUGAACCUGCAGGACCCUUUCACCUCUUUGACAUGAACAGCCAUGACAAGGAUCGACGCAUUACACCGCAGCGGUCUCGCGAAGCAGAGGAGGCAGCCGAGCAUGAAAGCUGGACCGAAGCUGAAAAAGGGUGGUCGAAUGAGGGAUUGGUCCGUGUACAUGAAUCAAAGGUCUAA